AUGCUGUCAAGGACAUCACGGAAUAUUCUGCGUCAGUCGUCGAAGACGGUAUCUGUGUCGGUGCGAAAUGGCCGACGGGGUUUUGUGCAACCUUCCGGUGCUGAACGAGCGAGUGUCAUGGAUGUCCCCUCGACGUACCAGGAGGAAUCCCAUUUCACACCGCGGCCUGACAUGUUGGGUUUCAAGCUAGAUGUUAAACGCCGCGAGGGCUCGGUGAAGGAGAAAAUACGGCCAAUCUACCUUGACAUGCAGGCCACGACGCCUGUCGACCCUCGGGUCCUUGAUUCUAUGCUUCCAUAUUUCACUGAUCAGUACGGAAACCCACACAGUCGCACCCAUGCUUAUGGGUGGGAAGCAGAACAAGGUGUAGAGGAGGCACGCAAGCACAUUGCAGACCUCAUUGGAGCUGAUCCAAAGGACAUUAUUUUCACUUCUGGGGCGACAGAAUCCAAUAAUAUGUCCAUCAAAGGCGUUGGGAGAUUUCACAAGGAGAAAAAGAAACAUAUAAUAACAACACAAACUGAACAUAAAUGUGUACUUGAUUCUUGUCGCAAACUGAGCGAGGAAGGUUUCGACGUCACUUAUCUCCCAGUCCAACAAAAUGGACUCAUCUCUUUGGACGAGCUGGAGGCCGCAAUUCGCCCCGAUACGUCGCUUGUCUCUAUCAUGACCGUCAACAACGAAACGGGAGUUAUCCAGCCAAUCAAAGAAAUCGGCGCCCUUCUUCGCAAACACAAGGGAAUAUACUUUCACACUGAUGCUGCUCAGGCUGUGGGGAAGAUACCCGUGGACGUCAAUGAGAUGAAUGUCGACCUGAUGAGCAUAUCGGGUCAUAAGAUAUACGGACCAAAAGGAAUCGGAGCUUGCUACGUCCGAAGGCGGCCGCGAGUUAGAUUGGAACCCAUUUUAAGCGGUGGUGGACAAGAGCGCGGACUCAGGAGUGGCACACUCCCUACACCACUCGCGGUUGGUUUGGGGGAGGCAGCUCGGAUAGCCAAAAGGGAAAUGCAAAGAGACCACGAACGCGUGAAGGGACUAUCUCAGCGGUUGAUAGAUGGCAUAAACUCCCAAGUAGAGCAUGUCAUUCGCAAUGGCGAUGUUCACGGCUAUCCUGGAUGCGUCAACUUGAGUUUCGCCUAUGUCGAGGGAGAAAGCUUGUUGAUGGCCCUCAAAGAUAUUGCGUUGUCGUCAGGGAGUGCUUGCACUUCUGCCUCGUUAGAGCCCUCAUACGUUCUCCGCGCCCUAGGCGCUGCUGAAGACAUGGCUCAUUCUUCCCUUCGAUUUGGCAUAGGCCGCUUCACCACUGAAGCCGAAAUUGAUUUCGUGGUCAAGGAGAUUGUGCGGGUAGUCACCCGCCUGCGUGAUAUGAGUCCACUCUGGGAGAUGGUUCAGGAAGGCAUUGAUAUUAGCAGUAUUGACUGGUCGCAGCACUAA